AUGGGUGGCUCGCGUGUUCGCUCGUUUAUAUCAACCUUCGGAGGUUCUAAGAACAAUGACUCUAAGAGAGAAAGCAAAAGAUUGUCGAGGAACGUGAACCCGUCGGAAAUACCGCCCCGCUGGCAUACACCUUCCCCCGAAACACCCUCGCCUCCCUCUGAACUGUCUCCCGUCAACGGUGCAAGCCCGAGAAAUGACGGCAUGGGCUCGCGACCUCCUUCAGUGAUCUUCUCGCGCAAUCCGCCUCUGAUGGAACACACCGUGGACACCCCACCGGAGCUUUCGCCAAUCUUCUCCUUUCUCAACAUUCAUACCAACAAGGUCUACCAAGAAGGCUAUUUUUUGAAGCUAAAUGACCAGGAUGCAUACGGGCGGCAAACUGCCGAUCGCCAGUGGACGGAAUGCUAUGCCCAACUGGUUGGAACGGUCCUCUCUCUCUGGGAAGCGGCUGCGCUGGACGCAGCAAACGGAGGAGAGCCUCCCGCGACGUUCAUCAACCUGGCUGAUGCGUCGAUCAAGAUGAUCGAAACAUUACCAAUUCGCAACGGAGCAGUCGCACCUCUAAAGAAUGUCCUCAGUCUUUCUUCUGCCGGCAAGAAUAGAUAUUUGUUACAUUUCAGCUCAUUCCAUUCAAUGACUCAGUGGACGGCUGCAAUCCGCCUCGCCAUGUACGAGCACACAUCUUUAUAUGAAGCUUACACCGGCUCUCUUAUCGCUGCCAGAGGCAAAACCCUUCCGGGAAUACAGUCAAUUUUGGUUCCCACCAAGUUCAAGCAUGAGGAUUGGGCACGCGUGCGAUUUGGCGCGGGAACUCCCUGGAGAAGAUGCUGGUUUGUGAUUAAUCCGCCAAAUGAGAAAGAUGUCCAGAAAGCCCGAAAGGCAAUGAAGAAGUCUGCUUACGACCGUUUGUCAAUGCCGGUCCUUGGAAAUAUCCAAUUCUUCGAAACCAAGAAGACCAAGAAGGUGCAACCGAUCGCCACCAUCACCAAUGUGUACUCGGCGUACGCGAUUUACCCGCAAUCCAAAGCACUCAUUGAUAAAUCGACACUGGUGAAGCUGGAGGGCCAGAUACAUAUGCACAAGCAACCUCAGUCUUCUGCAGAUGGCUUGGUUUUUGUCAUGCCUGAGCUGCAUGCCGCGGUUUCUGGUUUCGAGACCAUGCUUCGGUUCUUAUUCCCAAUAUUCGAUACCUUCAACCUUUAUGGUCGUCCGACCCGCCUUGUCGCCGACAUAAACCACAUUAAAAGCAUCAUGUUUGCUUUCCCCAAGCAGCGUCGAUAUGGUUAUUUGGAUGUUUUAGAUAUAACCAACCUUCUCCAGAUUGCUGGAAGUCAGGAAUGGAGUGAGGCAGAAUGGAGGAAGCAGUUGAAGGAGGCGACACAGAAGCGUAUAUCCACAGGCCGAAGUCGAACAAGCAGUAUCAACAGCAGCAGACCGCGCUACCGCUCGAGCAUCUCCGUCCGCAACGGUGACGGACCGAUCAACCCUAUGCGUCAACCCUUCUCUCUUCCUGAAGGCAAGCCAGAGUUCAAUCGUUCUGCAGAAGCUGUCAUUCACGAGGUUCCAAGAACUGAGCCCCCGGUUUACCACUCUCGUGGAAUGUCAGACAUCACGGGCAUGCAGACAGGGCCUAGACCUGGCCAGGGCUCAAAUGAAAACUCACCUCUCUCGUCUGUCCAGGAUCUAGUGCAACGUGAGAGAGCACAGGGUAUUGUAGCGCCCAUUACUGAGCGCACUAGCUCCGAGAGUGAUCGAACCCCUGCCGAACCUGUCCAACCUGUCCUGAAUGGAGAACAAUUCCCGCCUCGUACGCCUCCAUCUCCAGUUGCCAGUCCACCGUCGUUUGUACAUGGACCUCGGUCGAUGCCUGACAAUCGACCCGAAAUGACAUUGGAGCAGAGAAGGGCCAAUAACAGAAUGUCCCAUGCUACCCUAACACAGCUAACGUCUGUUGGCACAAUGAGUACGGCUGGUAUUUCAGGCGCUUUGCGUAACCAGCAAUCCAGUUCCAGCCUCGAUCGACGGUCACAAGGCCCUUAUCUAAACAAUGGUCUAUCUCCAGCGCAGGUCGCAUACAUGAACCCGGCCCUCAUGCAUUCUUCGAGUGAUGAAGAUAUUGGUAUUGCGAUUCCUGUGCGGCCCCCGCAGACCGCAGACCAACGUCCAGCAACUCCCAGUACCGGCGGCACUCCAUCACCCCAGCGACGCGUGAAUGUCGAAGUUUCCAAGGCUGUCAAGCGCAAGCCUCUUCCUCAAAGACAGAUAUUUGGGCAGGAACCCCUCUCUCCCGACGGAGAGCCGAGCUUUGACGAUCUUCGACAUACUCUAGACGAAGAUGCGUUGAACCGAAUCGCCCCUCACCUCCCGUCCCCUGUGUCUCCUCGCCAACAACGAAUUGAGGAUGAGAGCGUCUACGACGAUGCUUCGACUGUUUCUCCGGACUAUGCGAGUACGCACGAAUCUAUUUACAGCAAGAAGUCUCAGAAGUCCGUUACCAGGCCCAGAAUGGGUGUCAUGAAGACUGUGGGGAUACCGGCCAAGCAGGAUCUUGUUAUUGGUGACGCUCAUUAUUCAACGGAAAGGCCUCCGGAGGCCAACUCAGAAAUUCCUACAGUUGAUUUCGGCCCUACAUUGACCUACAUGCCUACCACCGGACGCCCGAGUACAGGGGACACUUUGCGCAAGGCCUCAACUCCUCGGAACGACCUGGAUGCUGCAGAGCGCUACAGGCUGUCGGUCCCGACAAGCCAAGUGGACCGGGGAAAUCAGCGGUCUCCAAGCCAGGAAGAAUAUCGACGGAGCGUCUUGUGGCAGCCUGGAAUGGCCACCAAUCGCCCUGUUACUCCUGCCGGAGGCCUCACCCCGGAACAGUAUGUCCAGCAGCGAGCAGCACCUAGUCCCCCGAUGCAUAUGCAUCACCGUUCCCCAUCUAACAACACUCCGCCACAGCCCAGGCCAGUAUCUGGUGACUGGGCCAACCAGAUCCGGUCCAAUUCUCGCAUGACUGCUCACCCGGAUCCCAACUACCGUCCUUCCUCGCGCGGAACAGGAAUGGUGUUGAACAAUUACAGCGAUUUUUCCAACAACCUUUCCGCCCGUGAGCAGGAGCAUGUUGCCCGCGUAACUGGUUCUUCAUUCUUCAACUUAAGCCACGCCAACAAAACUCCUCAGCCGCAAGUUCAAGGCGGGGGCUUGGUUUCGACAAUCGAUGCCCGUGAACGUGAGAAGCGUGAGAUGAGGGAGGGGAUGUCGAAUCAAAUGGUUCAACAUGCCAUCGCCCAUCGACAGCAGGUUCUGAACCAGCAACCAUAUGCUCCACAAUACGCCGGUUCGAUGUACCAUCCCCAGCAGCCUCUUCAGCAGCCCAUGUAUAACCUGCCUGGAGCCAGCCAUACCUGGGAUGCCCUGCACCAAAUGAACCGCCCUGAUGAGCCGCGAAGGAGCUCUUGGUAUGGACAAAUUCCCCAGACCGCCGUACAAGGUCCGCCGAGCUACCAACAAAGCCAACAAUAUCCUCCUGGAGAAUACCCGAACAACUACAACGCCAUGCGCUACUAA